AUGUUUUCCUUGCCAGUCCUUAACUCUGGCCCCACAGAUCUUCUAGAAAAGUCGAGAGCCAUCAGGCAGGCAAAAGAGGAGAGGACUUUCCACAUUUUCUAUCGCCUGUUGGCAGGAGCUGGAGAGCAUCUACGAACGGAUCUGCUUCUUGAGGGAUUCAACAGCUACAGGUUCUUGUCAAACGGCAACAUUCCCAUCCCGGGUCAGCAGGACAAGGAGAAUUUCCAGGAGACAAUGGAGGCGAUGCACAUCAUGGGCUUCUCCCAUGACGAAAUAGUCUGCAUGUUAAAGGUGGUUUCUGCCGUGCUGCAGUUUGGCAACGUCGUGUUCAAGAAGGAGAGGAAUACCGACCAAGCCUCAAUGCCUGAGAACACAGCGGCGCAGAAGCUCUGCCAUCUGCUUGGCAUGAAUGUUAUGGAGUUUACCCGAGCCAUUCUAACCCCGAGGAUCAAAGUAGGACGAGACUACGUGCAAAAAGCUCAGACCAAAGAACAGACUGACUUUGCCGUGGAGGCCCUGGCCAAGGCGACAUAUGAGCGGCUGUUCCGCUGGCUGGUCCACCGCAUCAACAAGGCCCUGGACAGGACCAAGCGACAGGGCGCCUCCUUCAUCGGCAUUCUGGACAUUGCUGGCUUUGAGAUCUUCGAGCUGAACUCCUUCGAGCAGCUGUGCAUCAACUACACCAACGAGAAGCUGCAGCAGCUCUUCAACCACACUAUGUUCAUCCUGGAGCAGGAGGAGUACCAGAGGGAGGGCAUCGAGUGGAGCUUCAUCGACUUCGGCCUGGAUCUGCAGCCGUGCAUCGACCUCAUUGAGCGGCCGAACAAUCCUCCAGGAAUCCUGGCUUUGCUUGACGAGGAGUGCUGGUUUCCCAAAGCCACAGACAAGACAUUUGUGGACAAAGUGCUGCAGGAAUUGGGCACGCACGCCAAGUUCCAGAAGCCGCGGCAGCUGAAGGACAAAGCAGACUUCUGCAUCAUCCACUACGCUGGGAGGGUACGUACAUGCCGCUUUCUGAUCGCUCUCUUUAGGACUUUCACCUUUCUCUGUGGAUGUCUGGCGUCUGUUAAAGUUAAACCGAUCCUCCUCAGCAUUCCUGAGAAGGCUCCUGUCAUAAAAUACGACGUUACAGUCCAGGACCCGAUCCGUAAUCAGGAAUAUGUGAAGUGCCAGGUUCACUUAGACAGCCGGAUCCAGGAAUAG